UCUUUCUAACAUUUGUUCUUUAUCGUUAGACACUGUUUAUGCUAGUUGGGAACAAAGACUUGUUUGACGUGUGAGUAUUGUAAGUUAAUCUGUGGAGUGGAUGGCAUCGAAAAGGACAUUUGAUGAGGAUGAUCAUCAGGGCGAUGAUGGCAGAGAUCUUCAUAAUCAUGCUAAGAGGAGACAUGGCGACCCGCAACAAGACGACGCCACGAAUUUCUAUCUUGUCGCUAUUGAAACUGUCGUUCGAAGAGUGGUGCCGGAGAUAAUUCAAACUACGCUCCAACGUUACCUAGGACACGAAGGGUCUAUCCGGCCAAGCCUUAAUCUGGGUGUCACAUCUAGAUCCAAAGGUUUAGAAUUGUGCUUUGUGAAAAGGCUGCCUUCAGAAAUUUUCACCCUGGCCAAACUCACAGCCGAGGAUGGUGGUCCACUUCAAAUCGAGCUGCGUUAUGCUGCAUCGCAGCAACGCGUAGUCACGGGAGAAGGUUCCACCAUGAAGGUUCAGAUCUGUGUCCUAGCUGGUGAUUUUGGAGACGAGGACUGGACUACACAGAAAUUUAAUGCCCAAAUUCUGAAACCAAGAGACAAGGGGCCAUUACUGAAAGGAAAUACGGUUCUUAAACUUAAAAAUGGGGUUGGUGAUAUCGAUAAGAAUCUAGUGUUUGGCGAUAACUCUUGCUGGACAAAGAACAAAAAGUUUCGGUUAGGAGUUAUAAUUUUGGAAUCUAGUUCCGCUGGAGCAGACACAAGGGAAGGAAAAAGUGAGCCCUUCAGGGUCAAGGACAACCGUGGAGUGUCGUACAAGAAACACGAGCGUCCGUCAUUGGAUGAUGAGGUGUGGCGUUUGAAGAAUAUAGCAAAAGAGGGUAAGAUUCACAGGCAGCUUUCCGAGAAUGGAAUAAAAAAUGUUAAGGAUCUUUUGCGGCGGAACACAACCGGUUCAUUACAGGAGAAAUUCAGCGACGUUAGAUUAUGGCACAAAAUGCUUGCGCAUGCUAAAGAUUGUAAAGUAGACGAUGGUGAGUUGUACACCUAUCGGUAUCACCCAACGGAACAAGCAUUACCCGUUUCCCUUGUCUUCAACUGUAUCUAUGAGGUUGUGUGGGUGGCUUUUAAUGAUGGGCAACUCUGUCCUGUGCAAUCUUUGAAUUUGGUGCAGAAGAGUUGGGUGGACAGAGCUAAGGACGAAGCAUACAAAAAUUUGAAGGAUCUGGUGAAAAUUGAGGCACCCACACAUGGCACACUGACACCUUACGGUGCUCCAGAUCAAGAUCUUCGACAACUCUUCCUAACGCAAGGCCAAUUAGACACGUGGCCUUCGACCUCAGCAUCAACUAUUUUUGGGCCAAUGCAAGGAGAAGUACCACUAAACUUCUUUACAGUGGGGCAGGUUGUCCCAGAAGAAGCAAAUAUUGAUGGUGGAAACGGAUGGGAAAAUUAUGACUUAGAAAAUUACAUUAUUUCUAACCAAUCGGAGCAAUUGAAUCCUAAUUCCUUUCCCUAUGGUGAUGAUGGAGCAGAAUCUAGCAAGCAUUCCUCUUUUCCCAACACUAAGUUAAGCAAAGGGAAAAGCAAAACAGUUUGGCAGAAGACUCGAAAUGUACUCAAAUGGGUCAUGCCGUAUAUGGCUAAAUGGAAACCUAAACUUCUUUGCCGUCAUUAUUGAAUAUUUCAAUCGUUCUCUCAUUUCUUUUAGUUUAGCAAUUUGUGUUUAAUUUUCAAGUCAAUUUGUCUGUAAUCAUUGCUGGGGUUGGGCCCAUGUUAGUAAUUCUUAUAUGUAAUAACAGCAUAAAAAUGAGGAAAUGGAAUUUAAUGAUACAUAUGUUUGCUUUUACCUAAUUUUCUUUGUAAGCAUUACAAAUCCUUGAUGAUGCGGAGUUCAUAAUGUGAAAAUAUAAU